AUGGCUCUUGUAUUGAGGUCUCAGAGCAAUGACAUUAAAUUGGACGAGUUUGAUACUGGUAAAACAAAAGGAUCGAGAGCAUGUGAUGGAUGUCGAGUACGCAAGCGAAAGUGUGAUGGAUUACAGCCGUAUUGUACCAACUGUUUAAAAUCAAUCACUCGUGACGAGGAUGGAAAUCCAAUCUGUACAUAUAAAAUAGAAGCAAAGAAACGAGGUCCUAGACCAGGCUACAAAGAUCGAAUGCUUCAAAGAUUGGAACGUUUGGAGAGCAUCCUCAAUCCUCUAGUGGACUCUCCAUUGACUCAAGGAUCGCCUAAAUUAGUGUCCGACUCGGUUGUUGUCGAUGCAGUCGAACAAACCAAUUUGAAUCCACCAGCUAUUAAAUCACGCAAGAAACCUAUUCAGCAGCGUGUUUUGGAUCUGUACGAAGUAAUGGACACUACAAAUCUUCUUACCACCGACUCUAGUCCAAGUGAGGAGUCGAUCAGAUUACAGAAUAUGCACUCUAUAGAUAUCUCUUCAGGACAAUCCACGCUGCCUUCUCCUAAAACUGGCUUGAAUACUGGACUUGUGUCACUACAGAGUUUCCCUGUAACGGAUUCUGCUCUUAUGAAUCAAUCGCGCAUUCCAACCUCAUUUCUAACGCUUCCAUUACAGUCUGUAGUUUUAUCGCAUUCUACAACCCCUGCUGAUUCAACACCCAACACACUUUUAAAUGCCAAAGUGUCCACAUGCUCAAUACCGACCACUGCUUCAAGCACUUUUAACAAAAUCGGUUAUGAUAGUGGGGUAAUGAAUGAGCUUGAAGAUAUCCUUGGAUUUGGUGGUUUAAGACCACCACAGAAAAAUCAGCAAAAAUCAAUCAUUUUGCUGGGUGAAGGAAACGAUAGUAUGCUUCAGCCAGCCGCGCUUCAAUGGGCUACCAAUGACUCCACUUUGGGUUUAAACCAUCAAGCAAUGAUGCAACUUCAAGUUCCUCCCGGUGUCAUUGAACUUGAUAAUUUCUACCUAAACAAUUCAAAUCUAUACUCUUCGCUAGCCUAUCCUUCCAUUCUUGACCCAUUUCCGUGUGUAUUCAAUGGUACUUUUGGCCCAGAGCUACCUUUUAAUAAUUUUCCAUUUUUAGAUACAUCUGUCCAGCAACAGAAUUCAAUUCUUGAACUUGAAACGCACCUUCUCAUGCUUGGUCUUCACUACAACUUGGUCGUGCCCUUGUCCAAAUCCCAAUCUGCAAUCAUCACGCUACCGCAAUCAUCUAUGGUACGACUACCCAAUACACUAAGGGAUUCUCUGAUUGCAACAGGCGUGUUUUACUCGUCCCAUCCAGAGCUGUUUACUACUCUGCUUGGACCACAACAGAAAAUUACGCUUGAUCCACAAAACAAAAGCGAAAUUCGCAUUCGUAUUGCUCGCAUGUACAUCAUACGGUCGCGAAAGGCAUUGAAUGCAGCCAUUUCACCUGCAGGGUCUACUCAUUUGGAUGGUGUAGAUCCUACUAAAAAUCCUACUUCAGAAGAUGGCACACCUGUUGAGCCAUUGGAUGAUUGUGAUGCGGUCCGUACCAUGCUGAUUUUGGCUACAAUCUCGUUUGGUCUUGGAGAUGGCGGUGAUUCUAUGCAGCUUGUUGCCGAUGCCUAUCGACUUGCACAAAAGGCAAAAAUUUACGAAGCAAGCUUGCUACAUAAUGAAUCUGUCAAGCGUAAACAUCCACUAACUGUUGAUUCGCUAGUAAUAUCUGUUCCUCGCAUGGUUACUACAAAACCCACGAUUCAAAAACUUUUGCCUGCUGACAAAUUUGACCGCCGGGUUUUGUGGGGAUCAUGUCUAAUCUUGGAUACAUAUUGUGCCAUGGCUAGUGGAUACCAAUCAGGCAUUGACGAAGGCGACUAUCCGGGACUUGUUGCAGCAUUUGGAUAUGCAGAUCUUUUACCCUAUCUCAAAGUUCCUGAUAAUACUCGUCAAACCUUUUCUCAACUUGGAAAACUUGCAGAGAACACUAUUUGGGAGGGAACACCACUUGCCGUUAUGUUUGAUGACGUGACUGAAAUGAGUCGUACAUCCAUGUUGAUUAAUUCAGUCACUGGAGAGUUUGAAUCGCUUAUACACCUUACAUUUAUUAUGCGCCGCAUCAUGAGAUAUGUUCGAUCGCACAUGACAUGUCCUGCAGUGGAGUUUUGUCAUCCAUCAACAAAUCCGAUUUCCAAACCAAUGGAAACACCAUCCGUUUCAUCUAAACUGGAUACGGGCGAUAUUGCUGCAUUACAUAAUUCACUGUUAGAAUGGUACAAUGAAUUCCCUGAUCGGUUUCGAGCUUUUCCAUCUCUAGAGUCGUUUGCACGCGGUGUUCAUCCAUCAGUGCUGGAUCACUACCAUGACUGGACGUAUAACAUCUAUAUUGUAGAGUGUUUGAUGACUUUUUUGUCUGCAUUUUCAUACUUGCAUCUUCCACUUUUGACAGGACCAGAUUCACACGUAAAGCUGUAUCGUCUUAGUUUAUCAACACCACCAAAAACCACAAGCACUACACUCUACUCGGAUACCAAUGAGAGCAAAGCACAACAACUAUGGAGUUCACAACAAGUUCUUUUGGCUUGUUUUCGUGCACUCACGUAUAUGAUUCGACGGUUAUACACUCCCACAACACCAUCACAGAGUCCAUUUUGCAAUCGUAACUAUGAUACGGAACGACUCAGGUUUUGUCAACAACAGAUGAUUCCAGAAGAUACUCCAUCACCUGCAUUGUGUUGGACCAUUCAUUCGUUAAAUAUUUAUAUUAUAUCCUCAGCAGGACUCAUGGCAGCAAGAUCGUGUGUAAAUGGCACGGAUACACCAUCGACACAUCUGGAAUCGAUCAUUCGUCUAAUGAAUGCACUGGUACUGCCAUCACUAGAACGGAUUAGCAAAGUAUGGCCCAUGGCACAAUUGUAUCAAUUCAAACUGGGAACUUUGCUCAAGGGAGGAGCCGCUGAAGAUUGGGCAGAAGAGGCCAUAUCAUAUAUUCAACUAUGA